UUGUUUCAAGGAUUUGCUGGUACCAGAAGAGUGUUUAAUGCAACCUAUGCAGAUUUCCUCAGCGAUCUCAAUCAUUUUAGUGCACAAAAGUUGCAUGCUAGGGUUAUUGUUUAUUGUGUAAAUAAUAACACAACAGUGUUUGAGAAGAAAGGCUGUUUGUAUACAAUAUGCAAUGCCUGACAGAUUAGUUGUGUACUGAAGAAAAGUUCUCAAAUUUUAUUCUGCUCUCCAAGGGACACAAUGACUUCUUUCAAUGUAAAAUGGGUGCUUAUUGCCAGUGUGAUUUCAAUAAGUUUGGUUGUAGUGUCUGGACAAGCAUGUGUACGAGUUGAGGUUCCAAUGUGUAAAGGACUCAUCAACUAUAAUUUUACACGCCUUCCAAAUAAAUUUGGUCACACAACUCAGUCAGAAGUCUACUGGGCAUUACAGCAAUGGUGGCCUUUUAUGGACAUGGGCUGCUCCCAAAAUUUGCGUCUAAUGAUUUGUGGAUUAUAUUUACCUAAAUGUACAACAGGUUCAACUACAGUCCAAUUACCAUGCCGAGAGACAUGCAGACGUUCCAAAAAUCGUUGUUCACGAGAAAUGCAGCGCCAAAAUUUGCCAUGGUCUAGUCAAUUUCGCUGUUCUCAAUUCCUGCCCAAAAGAUCAGGUAGAUGUGUAGGACCGUUAAAAGAAAAGAAGAAGAAACAAUCUAGACGUCGCCAUGUUUCUUGCCAGAGAAACCAUCUACCAAUGUGUUCUGGUAUUGGGUACAGGUUUGGUUCCUUGCCCAAUAUGUUUCUUCAAUCAAACAUUCGUGAAAUGAAGACGGAGAUGGCCCAAUAUCAGCCUCUGAUUGAUACCAACUGUUCACCACAUUUAAAAUUCUUUCUCUGUGGUGUUUUCAUGCCUUUCUGUUUGAAACAGGAAACAGCAGAAUGUGAGGUGCCUUUUGUUGUACCGUGUAGGGAAGUUUGUGAAAGUGUCCAGACAAGCUGUGGACAGAUCUUUGAAAGACAAAGAGGUGGUCUCCCUUGGCCAGGAAAGUUUCAUUGUCAUAGGUAUCCAUCACGAGAUUCUACCAGAAGUCCAAACGACUGUAGUGUGUCAUGUGUUAUGCCAAACUGAAGUGAACAAUAUUGACUGAUUGACAUGUAUGUAAGAACUGACUUGUAUUAAAUUUUGUCAAUCAUUACAUGUACGUCCUGAAUUUCAAUUGUGAGAAAUCUAAAUUUCAAAGAGAUUUUCUAUUCUACAAGGGUCUGUGGAAAAGAACAAAUUAAUGUUGAUGUCUAUCAAAUUGAAUUAUUUCUUAAAAUUAUUUCAUGGGCGCUGCUGCGCUGCUGCCCAAUUAACAUUCUGUAUCUUUUUUGAAGGUACCAUUUACAUGUACAAGCAAUAAACAGCAUUUAGACCUUU